AUGUCUCUAAAUAUCAUGACAAAUCUGGACUUCAGAAAAGCUCACGAGCUGCGUUAUUCAGGCGAAUGUAGUGAUUUGACGGUUGCUGUCGGUCAGAAAAGAUUUAGUCUCCAUUCGUUCCCAAUGAUGUGUCACUCGGAGUACUUUGCAGCUCUCGUACGUUCAGGAAUGUUGGAUUCGAGAAAAGUUGAUUUGACUGACCUUCCUGGUGGAGAACGUACAAUGGAUUUGCUAGCUGAUUACUGCUAUCACAUUCCUAUUCUUAACAAACUGACUGUAAACAACAUCUGUCACGUGAUAUGUGCUGCUCACUACCUUCAGAUGAAUACAUUCUUUGCUACGUUCUGGCCGACUUUAGAGGAGUGGGCAAAGGAGUCUGUGAGUAACUGCUGCAACAUUCUAGCACAAUCCGCCGACGUCAUGCACAUAGCUGAUGAAACAAGAAUAACGUUCACUGCAUCUGGUCGUUGCAAACCUCUUUGCUAUCAAAUUACUCCAGAAAUCGUUAGCCAAUGGGUUGUUGAAAUGUCUUCACUUCCUAUCAAUUGGAUCCACAGGAUUCUAGAAGAUGUAGCUAAAGAUCCGCCUCAAUGCUGGCAAGACAUGCCAAUUGAACUGACUGAUCAGUUUCUCAACGUUCUCGUCUCUCAAGGCUCUCUAUCCGGCGCCCAAUUUCUUUUGUUGCUCACUUCAACGGAGUCACUUUCUGCUUCAAGAACUUCUUUCGACUCUACAUUUGAAGCUCUGGAGAAAGCUUUAGCUAGAACUGAGUACGAUGAAAACAGAUUUUCAGACGAGGAUAUUGCCAAAAUUGUUCCGAAAAUUGAUUUUACUCGCGUGAGUCAAGAUGUUCUAGAAAGAGCGGGAGAAAACAAACGAAUUCCACAAAAAGUCGUUUUGAAUGCUGCUCUUACAAUCUGUUCAUCUCUACGAACGGCACAGCGAACGGCACCAUCCGAAACAACUGCACUACUUAAAGAUCAACAGCCAGACCUGGGCUGUUUAACUUUUAGAAAAAAAAGUCAAACAGUCCAGGUCCUGACCUCGUAGAAAGUCGCUGUCUACGAGGGCAUCCAAGCGCUUCUGCUGGUUACAGUUCAUCGCAACUCUAUCCUAAUUCAUUAAGUACGUCGACAUUAACUAUUGGAGAUACAAAAAAAAAGUCUUUCGAUAAGUUUCGGGACGCCUGGAUGAUGUGACUAUACUAACGAUUUGGGACGUAUAUUGUCUACGUGUAUUACUGCAUGCAUUGUCGUUUAUCUUGCUGUGUUAGUUUCAAUUCCAAUUUGUUGUUGUUUUGUCUGUUUGCUAAGCAACAAAUAGUUUUCUGUCGCC